GCGUCCCUAGCGGCCAGUCCUGGUUUGAACGUCGACAAAGUUGCACCUACCCGCCCAAUGCCGCCUAAGUACCGAACUCGCGUUAAGCUGAAGUAGAAAAAAAAAACUGUUCAACAAAUAAACUACCGACAAAUGGGAUAAAAGUAAAAUAGAAGAAGUAAUAAACACUUUUUGGUGGAAAGUGAGACAUUUUUCCAAGUGAAUUGAAUUGUGAUUAUUAAAUUAAUAAAUAAUUAAUUAAAUUAAAUUCCGUGUGAUACUAGGUUCUAAGUUAUUGUAAGUUUGUGCUUGACUUUUGUGUUUAGUGUACAUUCAAAUAAAUUAUUUAGUAUGGAAGAGCACGCAGAGAGCAAGGAGCGACUGCAGAGAGCGCCCUUCGAGACCGCACUUCACCACGCCGGUUAUGGAUGUUUCCAAUGGCUGCUCCUCAUGUCUUGUGGGGCGGUGUACGCGGUUUGCGCUCUCAGCACCACCACCCUCAGUUUCGUGCUGCCAGCGGCUGAAUGCGACUUUAAUCUCAGCUCUAGCGAUAAGGGAAGGCUUACCGCUACGCCACUUAUUGGCAUGUGCGUGGGCUCCUACUUCUGGGGUAACCUAGCGGACGCCCGUGGCCGCAGAAAGGCCAUAAUCGGUGCUCUGCUGCUGGACGCCCUCGCAGCGUUUUUGUCUAGUCUUAUGCAAUCUUUUCCCGCGUUCCUUGCUUGCAGGUUCUUCUCGGGCUUCGGUAUAAUCGGAGCAACUGGCCUCGUAUUCCCUUAUUUCGGUGACUUUCUCUCGUUAAGGCAUCGAGAUGUCAUGUUGUGCCGGCUAGAAGUGUUCUGGACAUUCGGAACUAUUUUGUUACCAGGUAUCGCCUGGCUCAUCAUCCAAGACCCGCGCUUCAAUCUCACAGACCCAGGCGCGGACUUCCAGUACACUUCCUGGCGAGUGUUCGUCUUCGCGUGUGGUAUCCCCAGUCUACUGGUGGUACUACUGCUACUGCCGUUUCCGGAGAGUCCGCGAUACUUAUUGCACGCGGACAAGACGGAGCAGGCUUUGCAAGUCCUCCAGAGGAUAUUCGUUGUUAACAGCAGGCUGUCUGAGAAAGACUUUCCAGUAGAAUCAAUGAUCAGUGCGGCCGACGGCGAGGAAGAGGAGAUAGUUUCAGCAGACAACAACGGCAAUGAAACAAAGUCCCCCCUAACAUGGAACCAGAGGUGGCAGGCCUUCUGGUUUAGGAAGAAGAUGCUGGUCACCCCACCGUACAUUGGCCUGCUCGUUCUUUGCUGCUUUGUCGAUUUCGGGCUCAUGUUUAGUUACUAUACACUUAUGAUGUGGUUCCCGGAUCUCUUCGAGAGAUUCAGUCAGUUCUCGUCGCUUUUCGAAGGUGUAUCGGCAGGAGUCUGCGAGGUAUCUGCUAACGUCACAAGGAGUGAACUGUUGGGAAAACAAGAGUGUCCCCAGGUUAUAGAUGACAGGGUAUUCAUCCACACUCUCGUGGUUGCACUAAGUUGCUUACCCACCGCUUUAUUGGUUGGUCUCACUAUCAAUAAGAUCGGAAAGAAAAUUAUGCUUGUGGGGAUGUUGAUCAUCUCCGGUUUGGCCGCGCUAGGUCUGAAUCUGGUCGCGUCUUCGCUCCAGAACCUGGUGCUGUCGUGCGUGUUUGAGGCUAUCGUGAGUUGUACCGAAGCAGUGCUGUUCUGCGUCAUCUGCGAGAUCUUCCCCACUAAAGUUGCCGCAACGGCCAUGGCGGUGACGGUAAUGUGCGGUCGAAUCGGCGCCAUCGUCGGCAACGUGGUGUUCGGCGCACUCGUCGACGAACACUGCAUCGUGCCGAUAUACAUGUUCGGCUCGCUGCUCAUAACGAGCGGCCUCCUCUGCAUCAUCUUACCAAAAAGCACGCGGCCAGAGCGGCCGCAGUGAUAGCCUUUUGUUAUAUUAUUUUUAUCUGUAUCGUGAUAAAUAAAAUAGCUACUAUAAGCACCGUUCA